AUGGCUGAGUCAGCCCACCACAAAGAACUAUCAGAAUCCAGUCACGAAGAGGUUGGCGAUAAUAUAAUGAUGGAGGGGCCCGGGGAAAAUCCGGAGCGCGUUGAAGGUGCUGCUGCAGUUUCUGGAGAUGAUGGUAAACACAGCGAAGCCGCCUCUGGGUUUGGGGAAGGAGAGAAAGGUGAAGAUGCUACUGCUGGGUCCAGGAAAGAUGAGAGAAAAAGUGGGGAUAAUGAGGACUCAAAUCCAGACCGUCCAAAAGGACCUAUUGGUUAUCUUUCAGAUACAGACUUUGUUGAAAGUCUACCUGCGAAGGUUAAAUACCGUGUGUUAGCUCUUAAAAAGCUUCAAAUCAGGGGGCGGCGCCUAGCGGCCAAUUUAGAGUGCAAAUUCCUGAGGGAAUGUCAUGACAUUGAAAGAAAGUUUGCAGAAAUAUAUCAACCUUUACUAGAAAAAAGACGGCAGAUCAUCAAUGCAAUCUAUGAACCAACAGAAGAGGAAUGUGAAUACAGAUCUGCCCCUGAGGCUGAUGGUGAUGAGGAAAUGUAUGAGGAAGAGAUGUAUGGUAACGAGGAGGGUAUGGUACAUGAGUAUAUGGAUGAGGAUGAUGGUUAUGAGGACUAUUAUUAUGAUUAUGCUGCUGAAGAUGAUGAUGACCAUGAGAUCAUUGAGGCUACUGGAGAAGAGAGUAAGGAAGAAGAGGAUCCUAAGGGGAUUCCUGAUUUUUGGCUCACUGUCUUAAAAAACGUUGACACUCUCACCCCGUUGAUUAAGAAAUAUGAUGAACCUAUUCUUAAGCUCUUAACAGAUAUUAAAGUGAAGCUUUCAGAUCCUGGUGAGCCUCUGAGUUUCACAUUAGAAUUUCACUUCAAACCCAACGAGUAUUUAAAAAAUGAGCUAUUGUCAAAAACCUAUGUACUGAAGUCAAAGCUAGGAUAUUAUGAUCCCCAUCCCUAUAGAGGGAGUGCGAUUGAGUAUUCCACAGGCUGUGAGAUAGAUUGGAAUGAAGGAAAGAAUGUCACUUUGAAAACCAUCAAGAAGAAGCAGAAACAUCGGAUCUGGGAAACGAUACAAACUGUGACUGAAGAUUUUCCCAAGGAUUCAUUCUUCAAUUUUUUCUCACCUCAUGGAAUUAAUUCAAAUGGAAGGAAUAAAAAUGAUGACUUUUUACUUGGUCACAAUUUACGUACUUACAAUCCAAGAUCAGUAUUAUUUUUCUCAGGUGAUGCACUUGAAUCUCAGCAGGAGGGGGUAGUUAGAGAAGUUAAUGAUGCAAUUUAUGACAAAAUUAUUUAUGAUAAUUUGAUGGCUGCAAUUGAGGAGGUUAAAGCCUGUUGCAAAAACCUUGAGGUAUUAGUAGAAGAUAUUGAUCGCUGAGGCGAAGUAU